AUGGCUUCGCGAGUUGAUAAGUUGACCGUUACAGCAGCAGGUGGCACUAAAGGUAAUGCUGCUGCUACUAGCGACUCCGCAGCAGACACGAGCAAAUCGGGACUUGAGGGACCUCAAGUCGAUGAGUUGACCGUUACAACAGCCAGUGCUAGUGAAGAUAUUCCGGCUGUUGCGGUCGUUAGCAGAUCUCCAGCAAACAUUAGCGAAUCAGGGUCUGAGGAGCCUCAGGAGGCGGAGAGGGCGUUAGCGAUGGCUUCGCGAGUUGAUGAGUCGACCGUUACAGCAGCAGGUACCACUGAAGGUAAUGCUGCGGAUGCUUGCAUUUCCGCAGCAAGCGCUACCGAAUCGGGGUUUGAGGGGCCUCAAGUCGAUGAGUUGACCGUUCCUGCAGCAGGCGCUAGUGAAGGUAGUCUGACGGCUGUCGAUGAAUCGACCGCAGCAGGUCCUAGUGAAGAUAAUCUUACGGCUGUCGAUCAGUCGGCCGACACAGCAGCUGGCGCGAGUGAAGGUAACGCUGUGAGUGUUAGCAAUUCCGCAGCAAGCGCUAACGAUUCAGGAUCUGAGAGGCCUCAAGAGGCGGCGAGAGAGUUAGAGAAGGAUGCGCGAGUCCAUGAGUCGACUCUUGCGGCCGUAGGUGCCUCUGAAGGCAAUGCACUGGAUGUUGGCGAUUCGACGGCAAGCGCUAGCCGUUUGGGGUUCGUGGGGCCUCGAGUCGAUGAGUUGACCGUUGCGGCUGCAGGUGCGCGUGAGGAUAACGCUGCUUCUGUCGAUGCCGAUAAUGCCGCCGCUAGCGAGUCAGCAGCUGAUAAUGACUCUGCCACACUUGUACAAGACGGUGCUGCACUUGCACAGGACGGAGCCACAGCGCUACAAGACGGAGCCACAGCGUUACAAGACGGAGCCACAGCGUUACAAGACGGAGCCACAGCGUUACAAGACGGAGCCAUAGCGUUACAAGACGGAGCCACAGCGUUACAAGACGGAGCCAUCAGGGUGUUACACGACCGUGAUACAGCGUUACAUGUCCACGUGCUCUCAGCCCAAAGAGAUGACUCGUCUUCCGACCUUCCGACCAAGCCACCGCUAAAGGCGGAUCCAGAGCCCGCGCCGUCAGUGCAGGCAGAAUUACACCCUGUCGAACCAAUUCUCGCCGAGCCGGCCCGCUCCGAACCAGCCCACUCCGAGCCAGCCAUUGUCGGACCUGUCCCGGAGGAACGGGUGGCGGGGGAGGGUGCGGCAGGGGCGCAAGAGCUGUCUCCAGGUGCGGGAGCGGAAGGCAGCACGGAGCUGAGCGGAGGGGAAGCCGGGGCGGAGGGGGAGUGUGUGGGGCUGAGCAGAGGGGAAGCGGGAGCGGAAGGGGAGUGUGCGGGGCUGAGCGGAGGGGAAGGGGGGCCGGAGGGGAAAUGUGUGGGGCUGAGCGGAGGGGAAGGGGGGGCGGAAGGGGAGUGUGCAGGGCUGGGCGGACGGGAAGCGGGAGCAGACGGGGAAUGUGCAGGGCGGAGCGGAGGGAAAGCGGGAGCAGCAACAGCAGCAGCAGCAGACGUGGUAGAGCCUCCGCCGCAGGCGAAGGAAGCGGUAUUCGACGCAACGGGCCCGUCCCCAACUCCCCCCAUCUCGUCUCUCCGCCCCUUUUCCGCCGCCCUUGCGUCCCUCCCCCUGCCCCCCAUGCGCGCACAGCCUUCCGCUUUUCCUUGCGCCAGCGCUUCCGCAACGGGCGCAAGCGCAAAACCCGCCGAUCCUCCGAUUCUCCGAGGAGCCAGCGUACGCCCGGUUAAACCCCGCCGACCCACCUCCGCGUUCCCCCCCUCUCCUUCGCUUCCGCCGACCAGCCUUGUGCCUUCCCCGGCUGUGGCGUUGGCGCGGCACAGCGUUUGGCGACGAAAGGGAGGGAGACAGGGGCAGAAAGAAGAGGAGCAGCAGAAGCAUACAGGCGAACUCGAUGGGGAGAAGGGGGAGCGACAAGAGGAGGAGGGGAAGGGGAAGCCACAAGAGGGAAUGGAGAUGGGAGAAGGGGGAUAUUUAUCCGCCACAGCUGUUACAACAGCCGAUAUCGACCUUUUCCCAAGUUCAGCGCUACACAGGGCUACAGCAGAUGCAGCAGGUGUGAUAUCCACCAAUCAGCACGCAUUGGCCGCACAGGCACGCCGGGUGAUACUGAGUCAGCUUAUAGGGGAGCUCGAGGCGAUUCAACCAGGUGGGGUUGGGAUGGAGGGGCAGCAGCAGCAGGAGGAGGGGACAGUGAGCAACUGCGUGCGUGUGACCUCACAUGAUGGUGAGAGCUCUGUUGAUGAUGAUGAGGACUUGGAGAAACUUUUCAACUUUUCUGGGCCAGUUCGGGAGCUAU